CUGAUUCGGUGCGUCAGAGCCGUCCUGGAGGGUACAAAAGACGCGUAGCGCGAGGCGCUGAGAGAUGGGCGUGAGGCAAAGCCAAGGCUUUGCUGAGGAGCGUGGCGUCGUGCGGCCCCAGCGCGAUAAGAGCUGAGCGCUGCGCGCCUGCCUUAGCGAUUAUAGGUCGCAGCGGCUGCGUGUGGUUGUGUGAAACGCGCCGCCGUGAGCCCUCACACCUGGUUGCUGCUAGGAGAGCGACCUUCCCUGCGCGCCGCCUGACCGCGAAGCGCUCUGAGCCAUGGCGCUGUUCCAUGUCCUCGCGGCGGCCUACGCCGCCGCGACCGCGGCGUUCGUCGCGAAGCCGCUCCCGACGCUCAAGACGGCGCGGCCCUCCUUACGCGCGGCGCCGGCCAUGGUCGAAACGCUCCUAAAGCCCGACGCUAAAUUACCCACACAUCCGGCCUUCCGGAAAGGGACCCUCAAAAAUGGUCUGGAGUACGUCAUCCUCCCGAACGCCUCACCAGCAGGGCGCUUCGAAGCCCAUCUCGAGGUCUUCGCGGGCUCGGCCGACGAGCGGGAAGACCAGCAGGGCAUCGCCCACUUGGUCGAGCACGUGGCCUACAUGGGUUCGAGGAAGAGGGAACGGCUCUUCGGCACCGGUUCACAGACGAACGCCUACACGGACUUCCACCACACGGUGUUUUACGCGUGCUGCCCGCUGGAAGCGCCCUUACCGGAAGGUGCUCUCAACCAGUUACUUUUGGGGAGAGGCGGCGCCAUGUUACCACGAGCUUUAGAUGCUCUCUGCGAGGUGCUCCAAGCGCAGUUCCUCCCGGCCCGCGUGGAAAAGGAGCGCGCUGCGGUCCUGUCCGAGAUGUCCAUGGUCAACACGAUCGAGUACCGCGUCGAGUGCCAGAUCCUGAGGACGCUACACGCCGAAAACGCUUUGGCGAGAAGGUUUCCCAUCGGCUUGGAGGAGCAGAUUAAGGCAUGGAGUGUCGACGAUGUGGUCAAGUUCCACAGCGAACACUACCGGCCGGACAACGCUUUGCUGUAUGUGGUGGGCGACGUCAAGGCCGACGACGUGGAAUUGGCCAUCCGCACGGCGUUCGACGGUGUUCCUAAGGCAACCAGUCCGAACCCCGUGCCGCCCUGCCUGAAGGCCCAGUCGCGGCACUUUCCUCCGAUUGUCCAUGAAUGGUCCGGUGGGAGGUUCGACCAGACGAGUGCGGUGCCUCUUGAUGGUGAACGUAUUCUGGAAAUGACGGAUGACCAGAAGAACGAGUACUUGCUGCCGCUCGACGUCCCGGCCGUGCCCCAUCCUUCUACAGGUGUCCCCGUACGCGCUCAUGUGUUCCAGCACGAGCUGCUGCAGCAGUUCUCGUUUCACUUGUUCGCGAAGAGGCCCGUGGAGAGAAUCACGACGCUAGCGGAGCACAGAGCCGUGACGACGAAGCGCAUCGUGCUGUCGGCGCUACAAGUUCGACUCAAUGUCCUAGCCAGAGCGGAGCCCCUGUUCUCGUUCGUCGAGUUCCAGCACCUCGACUCGGCGCGGGAGGCGUGUGCGGUGUGUUCUUUAGAUAUGAACGGCGACGCGGCGCGGUGGGAGGAGGCGGUGGCGGCCGCCGUGAAGGAGACGCGACGCAUGGGCCAGUUCGGCCUCACGCAGUCCGAAUUGGAGCGCUUCGGCGCCGCGUUGGUCACGGAUUCGGAGCAAUUAGCCGCGAUGGGCGACCAGUUAGCGCAUGGGGAACAACUCACACAUUUGAUGGAGACCGUGGCCUGCGAGCACACGUUCAUGGACCCGGCCACUGCUCAUGAGGCCACCGUGCCGCCUCGGUGUCCGAACUUUUCCGAACUUCGAGGUCGCGGCGAUGGCGUCUUCAUGAGACUGCGUCGCCUCGACGCCGACGCGGCCGUCAGAGAGUCUACAUGUCUCGUGAACGUGACGCUGUCGCGGCGAUGGCGUCGACGCGAUGCCGAGUCGCAUCGACGCCGUCGACGCGGCCGUCAGAGAGUCCACGCGUCUCGUGAGGGGAGUGUCGCGACGCCGUCGUUCGACGCAGGUCCUCGCGGUGCAAUCGCUCCAGCUGGACGAGGUCAACGCCGUCGCGAGAGAUCUGAUGGCGCAUGUGGUGGACUUCGGCGCACCAGAUGCGGCCAGACCUUCUGCCAUGAUCGCGUGUAGUCCGGCGUUCCUCGCGGAUGGGACGCCGGUGAAGAUCGAUUCGGAGCAGUUACUAGCCGUAGCGGCGAAGGCCGCGACGGAGCCCAUCGAGCCGGAGCCCGAGCUCAUCAUCCCGGCGGCGUUGAUGGAGCGCGAAGAUGUGGCAAAGAUGCUUCCCGAGAAGGUCGUUCCCAGAACUUUCGCGGAGGUCGCUGGGGACGAGGAGGCCAAAGCUGCCGCUGCGCUAGGUGUCCGCGCGCAGCGACUGGCCAAUGGUGCUAGAAUUAUGGUGAAAGGGUUACCUCAUGAAGCCCAGCGCGGCGCUCUACGAUUAACCAUGGCGGGAGGCAGGGAAGGCGAGGCUGCCCUCAAAUCCGCUUUAGGAUCGGCAGCAGUGGGCGCCCGCACGCUCCAGGAGGGCGGCGCCUUCGACCCCUGGUCGCGCGAACAGGUCGAGCUAUUUUGCGUGGACCGCCUGAUCAUGGUCGAGGUGACCUGUUCUGAGGAGAAGAUCACCGUGGACUUUGGCUUCCCGACGCCGCCGCCUAGGAGUGGUGGGUGUUCCGGUGUGGAAGCGGCGCUGCAGUUGGUGCACAAGAUCCUGUAUCCCGGUGCGUUCCUGUGGGAGCCCGACGCGUUUCGGAGGGCCCAGAUCGGCCACGAGCAACAAACAGAAACGUCGUUGAGGUCGAUGGAAGGUGCUGCUCAAGAAAAAUUACUGGAAGAUCUGCUGGGUAGAGAUGAGAGGUUCCUCUCGCUAGGUAAGGCCGAUGCCGAUGCUCUCAAGCUUGAGGAUGUGGAGCAGUGCAUGAUGGCGCAGCUCGACCCGGCGAACGUCGAGAUUUCGGUUGUUGGGGAUUUCGACGCGGCGGAGUGUGAACGACUCGCUGUCGCGUACGUCGGUGCUGUUCCACGGCCGACGGACGUCGAACCUUUGACUGAUAGGGAUCCCUCGUCUACGAAUGCUAAGUUGCCAGCUUCUCCAGGUGAGCCUCGACGGGUCCACGUGCCUGAUUCCGACCCCAGGGCAGUGGCUUACGUCAUGGGCGCCGCGCCGAACCGACUAGGCGUGCUCGCGGAUGGCCGAACACUAGUUGAAAGGUUGCUAGGCACGUCGGACCUCUCGAAAGCGCCGGAACGGUGGCGCCACCCUCUAUUUGCGGCCGUAGCUUUGUCAUUAGUGCAGGAGGUCGCUAAUAGAAGGUUGUUCUCCGUCGUGCGCGAGCGGAAGCAACUCACCUAUGACGCGAAUUUCAGAUUCAGCGAGCACGAGCGCAUCAAGGGCGGCUGGUACCUCGUUUCGGUGACCGCCUCGCCGGCGAACGCCGAAAAAGCGUUAGACGCGUGUCGCGAGACGCUGCAGGCGCUCGGUGGUUCCAGUCCGCCAACCGCGGACAAUUUGGAAGCGGCAAGGCGGGUGUUGGUCAACAGACAUCUCGCGGAACUCACGUCGAACAAGUACUGGUGCGAGCAGCUCACGGGUUGUGGCAUGGACGCGAUCCCGCAAAAAACUCUAAUGGGUUUACGCGACUAUCCCCGCUUGGCGGAGCAGGUCACGGUGAAGGACCUGCAGGUCAUCCUGAAGGCGUUGGACACGUCGGACGACAAGAUCCACACGUGCAUUGGGACGUCGGGUACGGCUGACAGCGCGGCGGCGGCGCCUCCUGUCGUCGAGAGUCACGACGCGGUCAUGAUCAACCCGCUGAUGGGCGGGCGCGGGAGGUAGUUCGUCUCCUUCCCUUCUAAAAAGUUGAUUGAAUA